UCAGCUUCAGGUACAGGACUACCGCUCCCCUUCUUGUUCAUCACUUCAGUCACUCAUUUCUUCUUCGCGAGUCUGAGACUCCGACCACACUCAUUACCGCAUCAGGAAAUAUCGCGACCCCUCACAGUAACCUGACCAAAACGAAAACCGUCUUAUCUGCUCAACAUGUAUUCUGACCUCAAAACUUCGGCCGUUGCCAUUUUGGCUGGCCUCGCUGCGACCGCCACCGCUAUCACCGGUCCUGGCGAUUUCUGCUACGGCCCGUACUUCUCUAUGUACAAUCGCGGCGGCAAAUCCAUGAGCUACCAGAGACUCGAUCCUGCUAUCAACCCUGGCGUCGAGUCGCCUCAUUUGCACUCGUUCGACGGCGGCAACAAUAUCGGCUCGACCUUAACCACCGCCGAACUACAGGCCAGUACCUGCACCACAAACAGGAUAAAGCAGGACAAGUCCAUCUACUGGAACCCUACCCUCCACUUCAAGAACGAUACGGGCUUCUACCUUGUGCCAGAGAUAUACAAGAAGGUCUACUACAAGUACGGCGACAACGACGUCACCUAUAAACCCGACGUGUUCCCCAAGGACUUCAUGAUGAUUGCCGGAGAGUCCAAAGCCCGUAGCGACGACGACAUGGUAGCAGAUGCUGGCGUGUCAUGGGCUUGCCUGGGUGACAACUACAGCCGCAUCGGUGACAAGCCUGGAUUCCCGUCGGGCUUCACUUCUUGCACUGAGGGAUUAGCUACCCAGCUGACCUUCCCCUCGUGCUGGAACGGCAACCCCAUCAACCCCAAAGAGCCCAAUGCGCACAUGGCUUACCCCACCGGGCCAGGCACAGGUAUCGAUAAGUGCCCCACUGGUUUCCAGAAGGCUCGCUUCCCUGCUAUCUUCAUCGAGUUCUGGUGGGAUGUCACUCCAUUUGACGGCUACUACACCAGCGACGAAACCCCCUGGGCGCUGUCCAACGGCGAUCCCACCGGCAAGGGCUUCCACGCUGAUUUCGCAAAUGGCUGGGAAGAAGGCGUCCUCGAGAAGACCAUUGGCGCAGAUGGUCUGCAGUGCGGUUGCGGCUGCGGUAAUGACGAAUUCAACGCAUUCUUCGGCGAAGAAAACGUCAACCAGGACGGCUCUGCGGACUUCGAUGCCUGCUUCGCUACCCCGGAAUUCCCUGGCGACGAUGUUGAGUUCCUGGAGAAGCUUCCUGGCUGCAAUCCUCUCCAAUACGGCCCUGCGCUAGCUACUGCCGUCACCGGAGCCGGCUGCUCUGCUACUGCUAUCAGCACUCCCAAGGCCACCUACGCCAGUGCUGCGACAUCUCUUGUGGUUGUUUCUACCGUCUCGUCAUCUGCUGCUUCUUCCGUUGUGUCAUCUGCGGUUUCAUCCGUGUCGUCGUCCUCGGCUUCAUCCGUUGCCGAUACCUCUGCCGUUUACACCUCGACAUCCGUCCAAGCAGCUGAUGUCAGCUCGACCGAGUCCCCCGCCAAGCUCAGCCUCAGUCUCCCAGGCAAAGGUGUAAGCGAGGCCACUACCACCUCUGAGGGCGCCGCAUACAGCACCGGAAGCGCGAGCUUCGUUUUUCUUUCCGAGACCGGCAGCGCCCCAGCCAGCGAGACCACCGUUGCGGCCGUCCUGUCCGGCGUCGUUCCUGGAGGCCCUGAGGUUCCCUAUAGCGCAUCAUCUCUCGCUGUAGCCAGCGAGACUACCGCUGCGGCCGUCGGGUCCAGCGCUGUUCCCGGAGGCCCUGAAGUGCCUUAUAGCGCAUCAUCUUUCGCUGCGGUCUCAACCGCAGCGGCCGUUCCUACCUCACCAUCCGAAAGUGGUUGCAAGGCACCCGUCUAUGUCACUAUUACUCCCACUGUCUAUGUGACGGCCGGAGCAGUCGGCACUGGUGGAUGUGCCGGAAAGCAGACAGUCUACACCACCGUGACCAACACAGAGACGGUUACUGUAGGGCCCGGCACGGGUGGCUACAAGCCCAAGCAUCGCCGCCAUUUGGCGGCGCACUUGCACAAGCACUAAAUGAGCUCACUUGUCCAAGUUUCUAGCGUUUCAAGAGGAUAUUUGGGAAUGUAAGCAACGAUCUUGGUCUUGACCUACCAUGUUGGUUAAGUAGCAGCUGUGUCAUGCAUGUCUGGGGGUUUGGUUUUACGAGGCAUGGCGUACCUGAGGGGGAAAGCGCCCGACGUUUUAUGCGUGGCGCUUUGGGGGUUUCCAAUUGUACAUAUAUAUUCGAUUCGUGACCGAUGUUCGGUCGGACUUGAUCCUAGAGGCUAUUUGUUGGAUCAUGCAGGGCAGUAGCAAUCAAAAGAUGUCUAACAC